AUGAAUCAUCAGAUAAUUUUAAACAUCAUUACAAUCAUCAGAUUUUUUCUUGUAUUAUGUCGUCUAUUACCAUAUGCACAUUCACAACAUGGUGAUGAUGAAACUGAUGAUGAUCAACGUCAAGAUACUUUGGAUACAUUUUCUGAAGGAAAAUUAUUUCAUAAAGAUAAUUAUACAAUAACACCACCAAAUAAACAACAAGAACAAAAUAAUAAUAUGAACCUUCAUUAUGUUCAAUAG